AUGGCGUACGGUGUGACGGUGGACGAGCUGAAAGCUCUGAUGGAAUGCCGUGGGAUGGAGGCCAAAGAACGCAUCGAAUCAGAUUACGGUGGGACUACAGGCCUAUGUCAGAAGUUGUCUACAGAUCCAGCCAACGGUCUACCAGAAGAUCCAGAAGAAGUGAAGAGGAGGAGACAGGUCUUUGGAGCAAACGAAAUACCUCCAGCACCGUCGAAAAGCUUCUUCACUCUGGUUUGGGAAGCGAUUCAGGAUGUUACAUUAAUCAUAUUGUUGGUUUGCUCAAUAGUAUCGCUGGGUCUGGCUCUGUGGGCCAUGUAUGGACCUAAAACAGAAAAUCGUGAGUUUUUGGCAUUAUUUAAUAGUUUUUAAAUGUUUUAGGCUAAAAAAGUCGGAAAUUGACUAUCUUAAAAGGAUAUAUUUUUAAAAAUUUUGAAAUUAAAAAUAAUGAUUUCAGCCGGCGGAGGACACGACGAAUCCGAAAACAGUGCCAAUUGGAUCGAAGGAUGUGCCAUCUUAAUAUCAGUAGUUGUAGUAGUGUUGGUUACGGCGUUGAACGACUGGACCAAAGAGAAACAGUUCAGGGGACUCCAGGCCAAAAUCGAGACUGAACACAAGUUCUCGGUGGUUCGAGGAGGACACUCAAUAGAGAUUAUUGUCAACGAACUUGUUGUUGGCGAUGUAGCUAAUGUAAAAUACGGUAGGUGUUUUAUGCGGAUUUGGAUGCUAAUGUUUUGCAUUAGUUGCAGCUAAUAUUAUUACAAUAGCAGCCAAAAGUUAUUUUCUAUUCAUUUCAGGGGAUCUUUUACCAGCUGAUGGUAUAAUAAUUCAAUCAAACGACCUCAAGAUCGACGAAUCUUCGUUAACUGGUGAAUCGGACCUAAUAAAGAAGAGUCCCGAGCACGAUCCAGUACUAUUGUCAGGUACCCAUGUUAUGGAAGGCAGUGGUAAAAUGCUGGUGACAGCUGUAGGUAUCCACUCUCAAACUGGAAUCAUUAUGGCUCUAUUGGGCGCGACAAAGGCUGAAGGCGGCGACAAAACACCACCAAAGUCUCCACAGAAUCGAGGUAGACUUUGACUAAUUUUAUUGAUGUUUGAUUUUAUUGAUGCUAAAUAAUAUAAUCGAUGAUAAAUUGGUGAAAUUUGUUAAAAUAGCAGUUGGACCAAACUUUUUUUAAUAAAUAUUUUUGGUUUUAAAAUUGGAAAAUGGUUAAAUAUGAUUUAAUUUGCAGCCAUUGCCGCCAAUGGGCUAGAAGCGACACAAAAUGGCAAAUUGAGCGCUCCACUCGAGCCACCAGUUGAUGACGAACCAACUAAAACAAAGUCAGUCCUACAAGGCAAACUCUCCAACUUGGCUAUUCAAAUCGGCUACAUUGGAUCAGUUGUAGCGGCGGCGACAGUAAUCAUCCUUGUCGUACGACAUUGCAUCACUUUCUACGCGGUCAAGAAGCAACCUUUCACAAUGUCAGAUGUGUCAUACUUUGUCAACUUCAUAAUUGUGGGUGUAACAGUGCUUGUUAUCGCUGUACCAGAAGGACUACCAUUGGCCAUCACAUUGGCCCUGACCUAUUCGGUGAAGAAGAUGAUGAAGGAUAACAACUUAGUCAGACAUCUGGACGCUUGUGAGACGAUGGGUAAUGCCACAAGCAUCUGCUCGGACAAGACGGGUACUCUAACGACCAACAGAAUGACUGUAGUUCAGAGUUUCAUCAAUGGUAAGUGUCUUGUGGCUGUUCAGUGAAACAUAAUAUUACAGAUCGUUUCUACCGGGAAGUACAACCAACAUGGUCAGAGCUGGAUUCAAAAACAAGAGAUCUACUUUUGGGUGGAAUUUGCAUAAACUCGGGUUAUAACUCAAAUGUGGUACCUUCGGAGACUCCUGGACAACUUCCAACACAGGUCAGUCAAUAAUAAUACGAUCUUUGGAAAUUUCAAGAUUUUUGAAUUUUGGGGUGUUAAACACAACUUUCUAAACUAGUUUCCAAAAUUUGUUGAUUCAUGUGGCAAUAUGUAUAUUAUUUAUGUAAAAAUCAAGUGAUACAAGCAAAUCCCAAGAGUUAGAUAACCAGGAGAUGUUAUCAUACCAAGACUUGUCGAAUUGUUUCCUUCGUCUCUUUGAGGAUGAACGUACUCAGGCACUGGAUUCGUUUCUAGUCCGGGACGUUCAAGUCGAGGCGCUUGACAACAACAUCGACCUAUACAUGAGGAUGUUGGGUCGUACAACUGACACGUUUGGUUGUUCUCACAACCAACACUCAUCAUGAACCCUCCGUUUAUGCAAAUUGCAUAGUUGUUGCAGGCUGAAAUGGGUUAUGUAGUACUAUUUCGGAAGGGUUAUAUGCUGUGUAUGAACUAGUUAUGUAGACGUGUAGGGCAAGGGAUAAACUUACGAACAUCGCUGGUAAAUCGAUAAGGUGCCACGCCACAAAUAUACCUUGCAAAUGGUAUGGGCACUCUCUUUUGUCGCUCGGUAGAAUUCAAUUCUUGACAAUUAAUAAUGUCCAGUAGGUAUAGAAUAACUAAGACUUUUACGAAAGUAUUCAUAUUGUUUUUGAUGGCUGUGUUAUUAUUCAGUCAUUUUUUGCGAGAAAUCCGACUUUGUUUGACCAGCUGGUUAACUUUUUCAUUUUUACUUUGUUGUGUCUAUUAACAAAGAUGGGGUAAAUUUAAGGAGAGUAUAUAGGCUUCUGGCAUUCUUUUAUAACAAGUGUAAAGCUUUUUUGUUUUUAAAAUGAUUUUUGGGUCAUAGUCAAUAUUAUAGUACUUGAAACAGUCAAUUUCAGGUUGGAAACAAGUCGGAAUGUGCCAUGUUACAGUUUAUGGUCGAACUAGGUCAAGACUACCGUGCCGUACGUCGAGAACAUCCAGAAGAAACGUUGGUGAAGGUAUUCACCUUCAACUCAGCCCGAAAGUCCAUGAUGACCGUAGUGAAACGAGAAGGCGGUGGCUACAGAGUCUACUCGAAAGGAGCAUCAGAGAUCAUCAUGGCCAGAUGCAAGUUCAUUUUGGGAGCUGGCGGCCAAGUGAAACCGUUUGGAGAUCAACAAUAUGCCGACAUCAACCGGUCGGUCAUCGAACCCAUGGCUUCUGAUGGACUCAGAACGAUGGGAUUGGCCUUCAAGGACUACGUUCCUGGAACUCCUGGACUGAAUGAGGUGAGAAUGCGGGCAGAAUAAUAUUGUUUUAUAGGUUUAUUUCAAAAUAUGAGUUGUUUUAUACCAUUUUUCCGUUUAUUGGGGUUAAAUAUUAUAUUUUCUACGUGUUAAAUAGACGCAAAGUAAAGUUUUUAUUAUGUUAUAGUACCAAUUUGACGAAAACCUAAACCUGGACGACGAAGAAAGUGUGAGAGAAGGCAUGACAGCUAUUGCCAUUGUUGGAAUUCAAGAUCCAGUACGACCAGAAGUAAGGGCUGCUAUUGAAAAGUGUCAAAGGGCAGGAAUCACGGUAAGAAUGGUUACCGGCGACAACAUCAACACUGCCAGAUCGAUUGCUACGGCCUGUGGAAUCUUGAAACCCGGAGCCGACUUCUUGGCUUUGGAGGGAAAAGAAUUCAACGCUAGGUGAGGAAUGUUUGUUAAUUUGUGUAAUAGGGGUGGUUGAAAAGAAAAUAGAAUACUAGAUUUUUGAUUUGAUGAUUAGAAGUUGUGGUUAUAGGAUUAAGGUUUAAAAUGUUACUUUUUCCUGUUGUAGAAUUCGUGAUUCAAACGGUCAAGUAAGUCAACAGAAGUUGGAUUUGAUCUGGCCUACUCUUCGUGUACUAGCUCGUGCUCAGCCUUCAGAUAAAUAUGUUUUGGUCAAGGGAAUCAUCGACUCCAAAGCUACCAAAAAUCGGUAUGUUUUACAUCAAAAAGUCAUUUUUCAUAGACAGUAUCAAAGGUUUUCUUUAUAUUCUUUAUGUUUUACGUUUGCGUUAUGGAUAUUAUUAUAGUCUGAGUGACGUUAUAAUACAUAUUUCUUGUUUCAGCGAAGUUGUGGCAGUAACCGGUGACGGAACCAACGAUGCCCCAGCCCUCAAGAAGGCCGACGUCGGAUUUGCGAUGGGAAUUGCUGGCACAGAUGUAGCCAAAGAGGCCUCGGACAUUAUCCUAACAGACGACAACUUCACUUCCAUCGUAAAGGCUGUCAUGUGGGGCAGAAACGUGUACGAUUCCAUCGCCAAGUUCUUGCAGUUCCAGUUGACUGUCAACGUUGUAGCCGUCACAAUCGCCUUCAUCGGAGCCUGUGCCAUCAAUGACUCCCCAUUGAGAGCAGUCCAAAUGUUGUGGGUAAACUUGAUUAUGGACACUUUGGCCAGUUUGGCAUUGGCGACAGAAAUGCCAACUGAAGAACUUCUGGAGCGAAAGCCUUACGGUCGCACCAAGAGUCUGAUCUCUCGCACCAUGGUGAAGAACAUUGUCGGUCACGCUCUCUAUCAACUGAUCAUUUUGUUUGGAAUCCUGUUCUUUGGCGACAAAAUCGUGCCAGACCUUCCAAGCGGACGAUGGGCUGCUCUGGGAUCUCCACCAUCCAGACACUUCACCUUCAUAUUCAACGUGUUUGUUCUGAUGACUUUGUGCAACGAAUUGAACUGUAGGAAGAUUCACGGUGAAAGGAACGUUUUCAAAGGAGUCUUCUCCAAUCCCAUCUUCUGUAUCAUCUGGUUCAGCACGCUGAUUCUCCAGAUUGUGAUCGUCGAAUUCGGAGGGAAAUGGUUCUGGACAGCACCGUUGACACCACUCCAAUGGGGAAUAUCAGUCGCGUUGGGGUUGGGAGAAUUCAUCUGGGGACAGGUAAGGUAUAACUGUUAUUUUUUAUUAUUUCUAUUUUAGAAUUUCUAAAAUUAUAUUAUUAAUGUAUCUUGUGUGUUUCUAGGUGAUAGCGACGAUCCCAGGCAAUGUUCUACCCAAAUUCUUCUCUUUGGGCCGCGGUGAAGUCCAGCCCACAUCCAUCUUGGUCACCGGCGAGUACGAUAUUCCAGAAGUGAGAACGGCGGCAGGAAAAGAGUUGGGAUCCGUGAUUCCAAGCCAACAGAACGGUAGACCAGGCCAGAUUCUAUGGCUUCUGGGACUGACGAGAUUACAGACACAGGUAGGGGAUUGUGAUGUUAGGGUAGUCCUAUACAUCUGCUGUAUCUACUAUAAGGAACGUACAAGAGAUGUAGUGGUUUUAAGGUAUAGAUAGACUUGGAAAGAUAGUGGUUUUAAAAUUUAAAGAUUUUGUAAUGUAUGUUUUACUUAAAAUUAGUAAUGGUACUAUUUUUACCAUUGUAGAUAUAUUACACGUGACCAAAUAUCCAGUAAAUGAUUACUGUUUUCUUUGAGUUUUGGUACGGUUCAUGUACCUAUAGUUAGACUUGUAUUGUGUCAAUGUUCUAACAUUUUUAAUUGGUUCUGAAAAUAGAGUAGAAGUUGGUAGUUCACAGUCGUAUUCUACUGUUGGAGUCACUGUAAUGUUAAUCGUUGUCACUUGAUGUAGUACCUAUCAGUAGCUAACCUUUAACAUUACAUUUCCAGUCGACUUUGACAGUAGACGUUGUGUAGUACUGUAGAUUAGAGUACUUUUAAAUUUUGAUUUAAAAAAAUAUUUUUACAGAAUUUUGUUUCAAAAGUUGUCGGAUUGUUUGCACGGUGAAUUUUGUCCGAGAACUUUUGGGGCAUUUAAGGUUGAAAUUUAAUUUUUGGAGAAUUAUGAUAAUUUUUAAACGAAAUUUUUGAAUCUUUGCUUUUUAUAUUGUAUUAGGUUGUAUAAAAAUAUUGAGCUGCUGACUCAAAUUUAUUUUUGUAUUAUAUUAUAGUAGACGAUUUAAAGUAGAUUUUUUUUUGAUUAGUAAUAUAGGUUUAAAUCUGUGUUUUAAAUUUUUAUGGUUUUUAAGCCCGGUUUUUUCGGAUUACUGUAAUUUUAAGCGGUUCUUCUUAUUCGGUUUUUAGAUGCGCGUCGUCCGUGCCUUCCAAUCUGGAGUCAACACCUCCCACCCAUCGUCGCUGACUUUGGAUGCUGGCGACAGAUUCCGUCAAUCCUAUCGCCGACUUCGAAUCGCCAAGGAACGAGAGCUGGAAAGUCAGUAAAGUUGUGUAUCGCUGUUCUGUGCCGUUCUUUCCCUUUCACGUUUCGUGCCUUUAAAUCUGCUGCAUUUCCAUUUUUUUGAAAUUUUUCAAGUUUUUCGACUUUUUGUUUUGCUAUACCUUUCUUAUGCCUUCGUAUGUCUCUCAACGUGCUACAGUACCGUACUUUGAUUGUGUUUUUGGUGCAUAAUGUCCAGAUUGUCGCAGUUUGUCACGUUUGUUUGUAGUUUGACUUUUUUGAGGGUUUUCAUUAUGUCAACAUUGAUGAUGGUAUUGAUAUCUAGUAUAUUGAUGUCUCAUGACACUAGAGAUUACGGUAGUUUUUGCAUGAUCUUAGUUUUUUACAGUUUACUCUCUCAGCAUUUAAGUUUGUUUUAAUAAUGUUUUGGCUUAGUUAGUUAGGCUUGUAAAAUCAAGUUUUAUAAGUUCUUAUUCAAGACCUUAGUUUCAUUUCACAGGUUUACUUACAGUAACCUGUAAAGUUUUUGAACAUUGUAAUAGAUUCUUUGGCCAAACAUUUCAAGCCUUUGCCUUGUUUUGCACUGUGCAAUCUUUAAAUUUGAAUUUUGCACGGUGCAAAGUGUCAGAAGGUUUGGGACAGUUUCGCAAAGACGUAGUACUGUUUGUCUUUCAUCGAGUGUCUUACUGUACCUUUUUUCACUUAUUAUUUUUCGUUUCCAACAGAUUUUCGGACUUCGGGUUUUAUUUUUUCGUUUCGAAGGUGAUAUUCACUUCCUAAAACGUUGUAUCCUAUCGUAUUAUUCAAGUAAUUCGGCUUUCUAAUCUAACAUAAUAUCAAUACGAAUGUUACUGUAGGUCAGGCAUGUUUUUUACUUUUUAGCGGUUUUCAAUUUGUGAAGGUGACUAAAAUAUGUUUGAAAAUAAUUUUUGAAAUUUUAAACUUUUGGAUUAUUAUUUUUUUAAAUUGUUUCAAGUUUUUAAAUUUAAAAUUUAAGCCCUGACUACAUGUCUGACCUCAAAGUCGUAUCUUGCAGUUUCCAUUUUAAUAAAGUAACCUCGGAUCAGUUGUAGAUUCUAUUAUUUGUAUAAACCUUGCAUAAUGUUUUUGGUGUUGUCGCUUUUCGAUGUAAUAAAGAGUUGUAACUUUUCCACUCGUGCUAACCCUGCCUGUUCAUUAUUCGUUGUGUUUGAGUCGAAAAGUAAAUGGCAAAAAGAAUGUUAAAGCUUUUGACUUUAAAGAUUAUGCUUUAUUUUUAAAUUCCUUUUAUUAUCGUAUUUUAUGCCAUUUUACUAACGUUUUAACCUAAAAAGCUUUCCGUAUUUUAGAGAUUUCCAAUUAAAAAUAUGUAUUUCUAACUAAAAUUAUCCUUAACAUUUCAAAUAUUACUGAUAACAUUCAUAAACUCCUCCCAACUUACCUAAAAUAACAUUUCCAAUCACCUAACCUCAACUUACCCACGUCCAUAUUAACCACCGUUUCAGGGCUUAGUCAACUUCGAGCAGGUGGACAGACACGAGUCGCGCCGGCUUCCCCGACCACCCACAAAUCCACCAACAACAUGACCUUCCACUAA